AUGUCCGUGCAGAAGUUCCAACGGCCACCCAUAAUCAACCCGAUCCUCCAUUUCGUUGAAGCGUCCACUCUCAAAUCUAAAUCUUGCGUCGCUCCUCGUGGCAUGAAGUUCCGAGCUGGUGAAGCGUGUGAAAGGUGGGUGCCUGGCGGCGAAGUCGAGUUAAACUGGGAAAUGAAUGCAGAUAAGUUGGACAAAUAUGCGCGUCCGCGGGGGAUGACGCGGACGAAGGACACGUGUGAUAAUGUCCCGUUAAUGCUUAUAGCGUCCUUGCACGUCUGGCGGCCCGAUAUUCGAUUGUGGCGGUUUCCCAUGGGCACAGAACUCGCCCGAUUAAAGCACUCAGAUCCGGUGUUUCAUCUUGCAUUCUCGGUGGAUGGACGCUCUAUAUUCAGUGGCGGCUGGGACGAGAAAAUCUCGCAAUGGGAGAUACCUGAGGAUAUCCUCAUAGCAGCAGAAAAUGAUCUUCUGGUCAACGCGAAGAAUGAGGUGACUACUCCCAACUGUGAUUUCAUUCCCUUCCACGUUCAAGUAUAUUGA